UGUGACUGAAGUGAUGAGGUGUGUAGCUCCUCGUGACUGGCUGCGUUUACUUGGAUCUAAAAUGUCCACCGACGCGCAGAGAGUUGAUGACAGCCCCAGCACGAGCGGGGGGAGCUCCGAUGGAGACCAGCGGGAAAGUGUUCAGCAGGAACCCGAGAGAGAGCAAGUGCAGCCCAAGAAAAAGGAGGGGAGAAUAUCUGGCAAAACAGCGGCUAAAUUGUCAACUAGUGCUAAAAGAAUUCAGAAGGAACUCGCAGAAAUUACAUUGGACCCUCCUCCCAACUGUAGUGCUGGACCCAAAGGAGACAACAUUUAUGAAUGGCGGUCGACUAUAUUGGGACCCCCAGGAUCUGUCUAUGAAGGAGGGGUGUUCUUUCUUGACAUUACCUUUUCACCAGACUAUCCGUUUAAACCCCCGAAGGUUACCUUCCGAACAAGAAUCUAUCACUGUAAUAUUAACAGCCAGGGCGUGAUCUGCCUGGACAUCCUCAAAGACAACUGGAGUCCGGCCCUCACCAUCUCUAAAGUUCUCCUCUCCAUCUGCUCUCUUCUGACAGAUUGCAACCCAGCGGACCCUCUGGUAGGCAGCAUCGCCACGCAGUACAUGACCAACAGAGCGGAGCACGACCGGAUGGCCAGACAGUGGACCAAGCGGUACGCCACCUAGGGGCCCGCUGCACCUCCCCGCCGGACCUGUGCAAGCACAUUCACCAAGUGCAUCAAGAGCCCUGCCUCCCUCCCAGCCUCGUUCUUAUUUUGAAUAGCUUUGAACCGUUCUGUGAUGGUAUGUUCUCCAUCCCCCGCCUACUUACUCCUCCCCUCCCGGUGAUGCCUUUUUUGUUGUUUUUCGGUUUCUUAACUUGAAAGAUUUGAAUUUGUUUGUUUGUUUUCCCCACCUCCAAAUGGAUGGAAACUUCUGUUUUCAGUACACACAAAAAAAGUUGUACCUGUAAUAGUAAAAGCUUUCUUAGAAAGCUUUGUAUUACUGUGUGGUUUUCUUUGGGUUUUGUUGUUGUUUCGGUUUUGGUUUGGUUUUUCCCUUGUUGGUUUCUUUUUCCUUUGACGCAAUCUUUGGGAAUUCUCGUUUCUACUUCGAUGUAGUGCUUAGGUUAAUUUUUUGUACUGAAGUCUCUCUUGGUGGGUGCAUGCUACUGGGAACAAGUUUUUGUACAAAAGCUUAAAUCAGAAUCACUGUGCAUUACUGAGACUCUGUUUGUCACGAGCCUUCCUUCUGUCCCCCACGCAGAAGACUGUUGGAUUGAACAAAAUAAUAUGUAUUUUGAUUUACUUCAAGUGCUUGUAAAUUUCUUAGGGACCCAUCACGUUUGACUGUGGAUCAGUUGAUGUACACUUGUAUUAUGAAAGCACUCAAUAAAUCACUGUGGCGGAUA